AUGGCACGUAGACCCGCUCGUUGCUACCGCUACAUUAAGAACAAGCCUUACCCCAAGUCUCGUUACAACCGUGCCGUCCCUGAUCCCAAGAUCAGAAUCUUUGACUUGGGCCGUAAGCGUGCCACUGUUGACGAGUUCCCCUUGUGCAUUCACUUGGUUUCUAACGAGUUGGAACAAAUUACCUCCGAAGCUCUCGAAGCUGCUCGUAUUACCACCAACAAGUACUUGGUUAAGAUCGCUGGUAAGGAUGCUUUCCACCUCCGUGUCCGUGCUCAUCCCUACCACGUUGUCCGUAUCAACAAGAUGCUUUCUUGUGCCGGUGCCGAUAGAUUGCAACAAGGUAUGCGUCACGCUUUCGGUAAACCCAACGGUUUGGUUGCCCGUGUGAGAAUUGGCCAAGUCUUGAUGUCUAUCCGUACCAAGGACUCCAACCGUACUACUGCUAUUGAAGCCCUCCGUCGUUGCCAAUACAAGUUCCCUGGUCAACAAAAAAUCAUUGUUUCCAAGAAAUGGGGUUUCUCUCAAUACAACCGUACUGAAUUCAUUGAGAAGCGUAGCCGCGGUGAAGUCAUUCCUGAUGGCUGCUACGCCAAGUUCUUGAACAAGCGUGGUAAACUUGACGAGAAAUUUGAAGCUUUCCCUGAUGCUUCUUUCAACCUUGCUUAA